AUGGACGAGCUAGCCGCCAGGUACCGCACGCUCCACACAUGCACUGCGACAUCACGCUCAGCCCGCUGCUCACCUGCACCAUGGACGAGCUGGCCGCCAGGUACCGCACGCUGCACAGAUGCACUGCGACAUAUUGCUCAGCCAGCUGCUCUUCUGCACCAUGGACGAGCUGGCCGCCAGGUACCGCACGCUCCACACAUGCACUGCGACAUCACGCUCAGCCAGCUGCUCACCUGCGCCAUGGACGAGUUGGCCGCCAGGUACCGCACGCUCCACACAUGCACUGCGACAUCACGCUCAGCCAGCUGCUCCCUGCACCAUGGACGAAUUGGCUGCCAGGUACCACACGCUCCACACAUGCACUGCGACAUCACGCUCAGCCAGCUGCUCACCUGCACCAUGGACGAGUUGGCCGCCAGGUACCGCACGCUCCACACAUGCACUGCGACAUCACGCUCAGCCAGCUGCUCACCUGCACCAUGGACGAGCUGGCGGCCAGGUACCGCACGCUCCACACAUGCAUCGACGUCACAUGCUCACCUGCACCAUGGACAAAUUGGCCGCCAGCACACACGCUCCACACAUGCACUGCGACAUCACGCUCAGCCAGCUGCUCACCUGCACCAUGGACGAGUUGGCCGCCAGGUACCGCACGCUCCACACAUGCACUGCGACAUCACGCUCAGCCAGCUGCUCACCUGCACCAUGGACGCGCUGGCGGCCAGGUACCGCACGCUCCACACAUGCAUUGCUCACCUGCGCCAUGGACAAAUUGGCCGCCAGCUACCACACGCUCCACACAUGCACUGCGACAUCACGCUCAGCCAGCUGCUCACCUGCACCAUGGACGCAUUGGCCGCCUGGUACCGCACGCUCCACUCAUGCACUGCGACAUCACGCUCAGCCAGCUGCUCACCUGCACCAUGGACGAAUUGGCCGCCAGGUACCACACGCUCCACACAUGCACUGCGACAUCACGCUCAGCUAGCUGCUCACCUGCACCAUGGACAAGUUGGCCGCCAGGUACCGCACGCUCCACACAUGCACUGCGACAUCACGCUCAGCCAGCUGCUCACCUGCACCAUGGACGCGCUGGCGGCCAGGUACCGCACGCUCCACACAUGCACUGCGACAUCACGCUCACCAGCUGCUCACCUGCACCAUGGACGAGUUGGCCGCCAGGUACCGCACGCUCCACACAUGCACUGCGACAUCACGCUCAGCCAGCUGCUCACCUGCACCAUGGACGAGCUGGCCGCCAGGUACCGCACACUCCACACAUGCACUGCGACAUCACGCUCAGCCAGCUGCUCACCUGCACCAUGGACAGCAUUGGCCGCCAGGUACCGCACGCUCCACACAUGCACUGCGACAUCACGCUCAGCCAGCUGCUCACCUGCACCAUGGACGAGUUGGCCGCCAGGUACCGCACGCUCCACACAUGCACUGCGACAUCACGCUCAGCCAGCUGCUCACCUGCACCAUGGACGAGUUGGCCGCCAGGUACCGUACGCUCCAAACAUGCACUGCGACAUCACGCUCAGCCAGCUGCUCACCUGCACCAUGGACGAGCUGGCCGCCAGGUACCGCACGCUCCACACAUGCACUGCGACAUCACGCUCAGCCAGCUGCUCAGCUGCGCCAUGGACGAGCUGGCCGCCAGGUACCGCACGCUCCACACAUGCACUGCGACAUCACGCUCAGCCAGCUACUCACCUGCACCAUGGACGAGCUAGCCGCCAGGUACCGCACGCUCCACACAUGCACUGCGACAUCACGCUCAGCCAGCUGCUCACCUGCACCAUGGACGAGCUGGCCGCCAGGUACCGCACGCUCCACACAUGCACUGCGACAUCACGCUCAGCCAGCUGCUCACCUGCACCAUGGACGAGCUGGCCGCCAGGUACCGCACGCUCCACACAUGCACUGCGACAUCACGCUCAGCCAGCUGCUCACCUGCACCAUGGACGAGUUGGCCGCCAGGUACCGCACGCUCCACACAUGCACUGCGACAUCACGCUCAGCCACAUGCUCAACAGCACCAUGGACGAGCUGGCCGCCAGGUACCGCACGCUGCAAACAUGCACUGCGACAUCACGCUCAGCCAGCUGCUCACCUGCACCAUGGACGAGCUGGCCGCCAGGUACCGCACGCUCCACACAUGCACUGCGACAUCACGCUCAGCCAGCUGCUCACCUGCACCAUGGACGAAUUGGCCGCCAGGUACCGCACGCUCCACACAUGCACUGCGACAUCACGCUCAGCCAGCUGCUCACCUGCACCAUAGACGAAUUGGCCGCCAGGUACCGCACGCUCCACACAUGCACUGCGACCCUCAGCCGUACCGCACCUCCACACAUGCACUGCGAUAUCACGCUCAGCCAGCUGCUCACCUGCACCAUGGACGAGCUGGCCGCCAGGUACCGCACGCUCCACACAUGCACUGCGAUAUCACGCUCAGCCAGCUGCUCACCUGUACCAUGGACGAGCUGGCCGCCAGGUACCGCACGCUCCACACAUGCACUGCGACAUCACGCUCAGCCAGCUGCUCACCUGCACCAUGGACGAGUUGGCCGCCAGGUACCGCACGUUUUCACACAUGCACUGCGACAUUACGCUCAGCCAGCUGCUCACCUGCACCAUGGACGAGUUGGCCGCCAGGUACCGCACGCUCCACACAUGCACUGCGACAUCACGCUCAGCCAGCUGCUCACCUGCACCAUGGACGAGUUGGCCGCCAGGUACCGCACGCUCCUACAUAUGCACUUCGACAUCACGCUCAGCCAGCUGCUCACCUGCACCAUGGACGAGCUGGCCCCCAGAUUGCGGGUACCUGCUACAACCCUUUCGUCUAUGACCUUACCACAACUUACGGAAUACCUCAGAUCAUAUUUAGCUGCAGACAAUGAAAGAUCACAUAUUCACGUAGAUCCAUCCGUGCGAGCAGAAAAAGAAAAAACAGUAUCAAUAAUUCCACCGCCGUUGACGACGACGAAGGAUAAACCAGUCUUGUCUUUAACAUCAAUAGCAGCAGAGUUCAAACCACAAUUUGAAGAUAAUUUCGCGCCGCCUGAAACCACUGAAGCAUUUGUUGCUAAUUUUGACGACUUCGAAAAGAAGGCAAAUUCAACGUACGACAGAUAUGCAGUUUUCAGAGAAAUACAGGCGCAAGAGCUUAGCGCGAAAUCUAUUCUAGAUCCAAUUGACAGCGAAAACAAAAUUGAAUCCGAUGGUAAGGAAGAAACUACAGGAAUUGACGACUUACUACAAACAGAAAAAGAAUUAGACGAGAAAAAAGAGCCAACACGAAGUCCUUUAAAAACACUAGAUGAAUUGACUUUAGAUUCGUUUAACAUGUUUAGAAACUCUGUUAGUCCCAAACCUUCGAUCGACGCUAAAAUAGAAGACAUAAAGACUGUUAUGAAGAAUUUACAAAUGAACGAGAAAGCAAGAGGAAGUGUAUCGCCUCGAGACAACGGUGUUACAGAAGCAAAGCAAGAAGACGCAAGUGAUAGGUACGCGGCGUUACGUGAAAUAACUAUAACUGAACCACCACCAGAUGAGUUUGAAUCCAUACCUCCAGAAAUACCAAAAGAAAGAAAGAAGUCAGAUGAAAGAUCUGACGGUUUUGACAAUUCGGACUUUUUCGAUUGCAUCGACAAUAGCUCACUCUCUUUCACGCACGUGGAAGACGCAUUUAGAAAGAGCCCAGUAGUAAAAGAAAAGGAGGAACAAAAGAAAAUAGAAGUGAAAAAGGAAUCUCCAAUUGAAACAAUUCCAGUUAGAGAAAUACAAGCCCCCGCGCGUCUUUCUACCGGAUCCAUCAGUGACGUUGUUAGCGGAUCUUCUCCAGACACGAAAGCAAGUGGUGCGGCGGGAGAGGGGGUGGGUGCAGGCGCGGGGGUGGGCGCGGGCGGGCGCGCGGGGCGCUGGGCCGUGCUGCGCGGCGGCUCGCCCGCCUCCUCCGACUCGCGAGCCUCCGAGCCGCACACGCGCCCGCGCCGCCGUCACCACGCGGACCCGCCACACCUCGCGCACCACUCGCACCUCCCGCACUCGCGCUCACGCAUGGUUCAAACUUCGUCGUCUUCGCGUGACGUGUCGCCGUGGGACGAAGAGCCACCUUCAGUGGCACGAUUGCAGCGGCCCACUUCGCGGCACCGAGAGAGAGACUCAAGGCAAAACUCGUCAGGAUCAAGAGAGUGUCUUGAUUCUGGCAGUGGACGUGAAAAAGAGAAAGUGCGGGAUAAACGGGAAAGAACUAGGGAUAGGGACAUUAGCAGAGACGGUAGAGACUCCGCUAGAGACAGGCGAGACUCUGGUAGUGGGAGGGACCGUCGAGACGUCAGCAAAGAUAGAGAUCACAGAGAACACCGAAGGGAUCGCAGGAGUAGAGAAAGAGAUCCUGAAACCUGGGACAGAGAGAGAACGUACAGUAGAGAACGGGAUUACAGAGAUUCGCGGAGUAGAGAAAGACUUUCUAAGGAUUAUAGGGAGAAAGAACGAGACAGACAUAGGAAGAACCGACAUUCAUACGAUGAGGACGAAGACUACAGUGAUGGUUGUGGGUCAGGGCAUUCUUCACCGCGAGAUCGAUGGCCCGAGCAGCGAUGGCGAAGAGACGAAAGAAAUUAUGGCUCUUUAGGUUGGCGCGAAACUAGACGGCGACAAGAAAUAAGACAGAAUGAGGAUCCAAAUGAUCGAAGGUAUGGAUCGACUCUUGGCUGGCCGGGACGUCGAUCCACAACAAACGCGUCACGACGUGACAUCGACCGCGAAUCACGUGACCCGGUUCGUGACUCGACUCGUGACCCGGCUCGUGACUCCAUCCGUGACACUCGACGACGCAACAGGCGCGAGGAGAGGCCACGCAGGGACUAUCGCUUCUCCAACGAUUUUUCACCAAGGGACCAGCACGCCACGCCCUUCGAUAACGAUUUUCAAAAUACACCCACGCCUAGUACGAAGAAACGAGCGCCUUAUUCCAGUUUAGAAGCGGCUAGAUUCGCAUUCGACCCCGAGGAUACAACGGCGUCUCCGGUAUCGGCGAGUAGCGUACGUGCUCGGGACGGCGACUCUCCUGCGACACGAUUCCGGUUCGACUCCGAUUCGAUGUCGCCACGCUCGAUGUUCGAAGACGAUUUCACGACGGCCUCAACACCACGGGGACGAACAGCGUCUAUAGCUGAAGAGGAUGAAGACAUUGAAAAUUUUGAACUGCGUGCAUCGUGGCCGUACAAAAGAGCUUUUUCAUGUUUAGCUACCCAGCAAUCGGCACCCGCCACUGGUGGAGUACGCCGCAUGCGAUGGACCAUCAAUAUGAAUACAAACGCAUUGCGGGCGUAUUUUAGGGCGAAAGGGGGAGAAAUUGGAGGUUUCGCGUAUCGGGCUAGGAUGCAUCGUCUUUUUACUGAGCUGGAGCCAUCUAUUACUGUCACCGAGCAAAACCUGGCAGAUCGAGUUCGGUAUAUCUUACGCUCAAAUAUAUUUGAUGGCGCCGAACUCGAACGGCUACGACGUGAGGCUGUUCCCUCAUCAAAUGAAAACGCUACGACUGAGGGUGCGGUGCCACAAGUUGCAGAACAACCCGCACAUGUGGAUGCCGCCGUGAAUACCCCAGUGGUUGCUGAUUCAAAUGAUGAUGGAACAUUCACCCAGGAACUAGAAAUAGAGCAAAUGAGGAGUACAUUGGAAGAGGCGAUUAUGGAAACGCGCAGUACGCCUCUCGAAAAUCGACCGCGACUUCCCCGCAUAGCCCUAAGCAAGCGGAAUCGGGCUGUCGUGAGGGCUCUGAACCCAAUGCUGGUGACCUAUUUGGAAGCCAGCCGGGACGAGACGGACUCAAUUCUCUUUGGCGCCGCACUGGCAGUCUGCCGUAUUAUAGGCGCCAAACUUUCCACGGCUGGACGCACUACUGGACAAAGUAGUGCUAUCCCAGCCUGGAGAACAAGAAUUGAAGAACGUAUCGCAAAGGCUAGGGCCCUCAUCGGCAGACUGAUAUGCUUCAGGAUGGUGAAACCUAAAAAGCAAAGCCGAAGACGCCUCGGUGCCAGGUAUUACAAAAAUUAUAAUGACGACAUGUUAGAUCUCGCAGUUGGGUACGUUAAAAAUAAAAAAAUGUCAUCGAGAGAGGCUGAAAAACAUUUUGGUAUACCGAGACGGACCCUUUUGAACAAAGUUCAAGAGCUGCACCAAAAAAAAAUAGGAGCUCCAACGCGACUUACUGAGGAAGAAGAGAAGAAUAUAGUAAAAGUGGCAGUUGCAACUGGUGAUUUUGGUUGUCCAUUAUCAAAGCUUGACUUACGAAUAAUCGUAUACGAAUAUUUGAAAAAAAAUGGGCGUGAGGCAAGAUUUCAUGGAAAUCUACCAGGAAAACAAUGGAUUUCGAGUUUUUUAGAACGAAAUGCUUCAGAACUAACAGUAAGAUCUUGCCAAAAUAUAAAAAAAGCAAGAGCCGAAAAAUGUGUUGAAGAAUUUUUAGAUUAUUUCAAAAAUUUAGAAGAAACUAUGAAAGACGUUCCCCCGUCAAACAUAUUAAACUUGGAUGAAACAAAUUUAAGUGAUGAUCCCGGAUCAUCGAAAUGCAUUUUUCGUAGAGGGGUAAAGUACCCUGAAAGGGUAUUAAAUUCAACGAAAGGAGCCAUUUCAUUGAUGUUUUCGGCAAGCGCAGACGGAACGAACCUACCACCAUAUGUUGUGUAUAAAUCAGAAAAUAUUUAUUCUGAAUGGAUAACAGGCGGUCCACGAGGCGCAAGAUAUAACCGCACUAAAUCGGGGUGGUUCGAUUCGUCCACUUUUGAGGACUACUUCAAGACAAUAGUUUUAAAAUGGUCGGAAGGUUUGCCGGGAAAAAAGGUGGUCAUACGUGAUAACCUAUCAAGUCAUCUAAAUGUGGACAUUAUCAAACUUUGCGAAGAGCAUAACAUAUCUUUUGUUUUCAUUCCUGCCAACUCCACGCAUCUUACCCAACCCUUAGACGUGGCUUUCUUUGCUCCGCUUAAGAAAGCGUGGCGGAAAAUUUUGCUGCAGUACAAAAUGGAAAAUCCCAAUCAAACAUCUUUAAAUAAAAAUCAUUUCCCGAAGUUGUUGACGUCUUUGAUUAACGCAAUAGACUUUACCAGAACCAACAAUAUCAAAAGUGGAUUCAAAGCUACCGGAAUUUGUCCUUUAAAUCCACGUGAAGUGCUCAAACGGCUGCCGGAAUAUGCUGAAGAACUUGGAAAUUACACAGUUGAUAACGCCUUAUUAAAUUACUUGCAAAAGUGUAGACAACCGAAAGCAGUGAGUGUAAAACGCAAUAAAAAAGUUUCAGUAGAGCCUGGCAAGUCUGUUUCAAUAAGCGAUUUCGGUUUGUUGAGUUGUUCAAAUCAAGAAGUUACAGAGACUCAGACCUCUAAAAAAAACAAUGGAGUUGGAGCGAAAAAAUCAAAAACAACAAAAAAAAGACUUCUAUUACAAAUCAAGAUAAUCCAGAAAAUAAUAAUAAUAAUCCCGUAUUUGACCUCUUUUUUAGACAAUACAGCUAUUGGACAGCCAAUAAACGAUAAAGAUGAAACCGCUGAUAUCUAUAAUUAUUUGGAAGAAGAUAUUUUGAAUGAUAGCAAUAUACUGUUAAAUCUGACAUGUGACUUUUAUAAAAUUGAUAAACUUGAGGUAUCGGACAGCAAAAAGGGUGAAACUGUAACAAAGUGCAUCUUAGAUGAAAAAACUGUGAUAAUAGACACUAAUAACUUUGACGAAAUUAAUGAAAUUAAUGAUGAGCCAGUACACAAUGAAAACAAAGUCGGAACAAGUUGCACUUUGGAUAAAAAUGGUAAGAUAAUAGCCAUCAAUGACAGUGACGACAUAUUCAAUAACACCCAUAAAUUUACUGUUGAGUCUGAAUACCAAGAGCAAGAGAAUGUAUCAAGAUGCAUUCUAAAUGAGAAAACUGGAGUUCUUCAAUAUACAAUAGCCACCCGAGUGAAGCAAGUUAUAAACAACAAACCAGUAUUGCGAGAUAAAAUAAAGUUAACCUCAUCUAAAGGCAUGUACACUGAAACUGUGACAGGACCUAAAAAAACAAGAACAUUUAAAAAUGACACCAAGAUUGCAUCUGACAACAUUUGCCCUAACAUUGUAAAUAUUUUACCACGUCGCAGCACAUCUGAUUAUGGUAGCACACAACAAAUUAUAGACUUAAAUGAGAAGAGAGAAGAAUUAAAUGCAAACAAUUUAAAUAUAAAAAAAGUACAAAAAUACUAA